UUUGUAAUGAUUAUAUUGUAUUAAAGCAGCGUAUCAUGAUAUAAGUUGACUAAGGCUGGCCCCCCUCAGAACGGUUACUGAACCGGACAUCAGCAUAAUGGCUAACAACGAUUGCAUAAUCAUUGCAGAGGAGCAGGGAUAUUCAGAUCCCAAAACGGCCGUCAAGUCAAUCGAUGCUGCUUUGAAGAAAAUCGACAAAGAGAUUCAGGUGCUGCAGGACCGCAGGACUGUGCUGCAGCGACGUAAGGCGAAGCUGCAGGACGCUCUGCAGCAGCAGCAGUCUGCUGAACUCGCCCAGCAAGAUUGGCAGCAAGAAAAGUAUCCCUGGAGCUCAGAGUUGCGUCGCCAGCUGAGCACCAGCUUCGGGAUCUCAGAGCUGCGACCGCACCAGCUGCCGACGAUGAACGCGACGCUGUCGGGCACCAACUGCAUCCUCAUCAUGCCAACUGGCGGCGGCAAGAGCCUCUGCUACCAGCUGCCGGCGCUGCUGUCCAAAGGCGUGACGUUGGUGGUGAGCCCUCUCGUGUCCCUCAUUGAGGACCAGCUGCUGGGCCUGCAGAGGCGCGGCAUCAAGGCGGCCUCCCUCACCGCCACGUCCUCAAAGGAAGACGUGGCCUGCGUCAUGACGGGCCUGACGGACGCCGCGUGGCCGUGCAAGCUGCUCUACGUGACGCCAGAGAAGCUGGCUAAGAGCAAGCGGCUCAUGGCGAGGCUGCAGAAGGCGCAUCAGGCGAGCAGGCUUGCCAGGGUCGCCAUCGAUGAGGUGCACUGCUGCUCUCAGUGGGGGCACGACUUCCGGCCUGACUACAAAUUCUUGGGAGUGCUCCGGCAGACGUUCCCUGGCGUGCCGCUGCUGGGGCUCACGGCCACCGCCACCGCGCGCGUCGUGGCGGACGUCCUCAAGAUCCUGAACAUCCCAGACUGUCUGGUGCUGAAGGCGUCCUUCAACAGACCCAACCUUUAUUAUGAGGUCCGCGAGAAGAGCGCCGUGGUGAAGGAUAGCGUCCAGGAGAUCGCGGAGCUGCUACAGACGCGCUACAGGAGCCAGUCCGGCAUCAUCUACACGACGACCAUCAAAGAGACGCUAGACCUCGUCGCCGACCUCAGGGCGCUCGGUCUUAAGGUGGCGCCAUACCACGGCCAGAUGGAGGCAGACGUGCGUAGCAAAGUUCACCGCAAGUGGACCAGCAACGAAUAUCAGGCGGUCGUGGCGACCAUAGCUUUCGGCAUGGGCAUCGACAAGCCUGACGUUCGCUUCGUCAUUCACAACAGCGUUUCCAAGUCCAUGGAGAACUUCUACCAGGAAAGCGGGCGGGCGGGCCGAGACGGAGCGCCGGCGGACUGCCUGCUCUUCUGGAGGUUCGGUGACAUGUUCAAGCAGAGCACGAUGGUCUUCACCGAGCAGACGGGACUUGAGAAGUUCUAUGACGUGCUGGCUUACUGCAUCGAUGCUGCCAGGUGUCGUCGCAUGUUGCUGUCGGAACACUUCGGUGAGCGAUGGAACGCUGCGCAGUGCGAUGGUCAGUGCGAUCACUGCCGCCGUCCUAGGGAGACCAAGCAGGUGGAUCUCACCGAGCACCUGCAGCAGCUCAGCGCCAUCAUCACGCAUGCUGCUGCCAGCGACCAAAGACUCACAGGUCAAAAACUGCUCGACGCUUGGCUGGGCAAGGGCGCCACCAACCUGAGGGUGAAGUCUGCCACCAAUAGCAAGCUGACGCGCACGUUUGCAGAGACCGUCGUCGUGCAUCUCUUGCUGGACAUGUGCCUUAAGGAAGACUUCCACUUCACCCCUUACUCCACCCUCAGCUACAUCGUGCUAGGUCCGAAGGCCGAGGCCGGUCUGCCUCCUAGUCCAUUAAUCGUUGCUGGGGCCAGGAAAUCAUUGUCCGUUGCUCCGUCACAUACCCCUGACCAGCCUCCAGAUCGCAAACCUGCUGGAAAGUCUGAUCGUUUAAACUCAAAGUCAUCCAGCCUUCAACAGUCCCGGGUUCAUGAAUCUCCUGUCAAAAAAUCAACUCUAAGUCCUAGCGCUAAGCCAACGUCAACUAAUCUUAAAAAGCUGACCAGUAAAGCAAAUUCGAAAUCUAUGUCUUCGGAAAUGGAAGCUAAGCCAAGUUACAAGAUUGAGUCUGACUCUGAUGACGAGGUUAUUUGUGAUUCACAAGUGUUCGCUGAUCACGCUACGAGAUCUGACUCGAGGAUUGUACCAACGUCUGCAAGCGAUAAGAGUCCCGGAAAACCUUCGUCGUUGAAGCGUUCUCGUUCCUCCCUCGAUUCAUCUCGAGACAGAAAAAAUAAAGAUUCCGAUACUGCUAAAAAAAUUCGCUUAGCUGAAGAUUUUCAGGAAAGUUCAAAUAAGGUUCUUAAAUUAGACUCAAAUCCCGCGAACACGUCUAAACUUGAUAGGAAAAGCGCGUCUGAGUUCAAUAACCACACCAAGUUGCCAGAUAUCAAGCACAUUGAUAGGUCUUCCUUGUCUCCGCCUCUGAAAUAAAUUGAAAUAUCCAUGUUUUGUCUCGCCAUUGAAGUGUGCGACUAACUUUACUGCAGACAUGCACAAUCAUAUCAAUUGUAACUUUUAAACGACCGUUGGAAGCUACAACAAAUGUGCUUAUCAGUUGUGUUGUACGCAACAGCUAACAAAAUGUGUUCAUCAGUUGUGUUGUACACAACAGCUAACAAAAUGUGCUUAUCAGUUGUGUUGUACACAA